GAAAGUGAAGUCGAUAGGAGAACUUAUUCUUAACUGCAUUUUUUUUUCUUAGGUCUGACAAUGUUGGUGAAUCUUCUAGAUCAGAGUAAUCGUAUAUGGAUUCUAUCUGCUAUAUCGUUUUGUAUAACUGACAAAUAUGAAUGGUAGCGACAUGAUCCGGGCGAGUAAAACCGCUGCUGAGGAACGCGCUGUUGUAAGGAAAGAGUGUGCUGCGAUCCGAGCUUCCAUAAACGAAAACGAGCAGGACUACAUGCACCGUGAUCUCGCGAAGCUCAUGUUCAUCCACAUGCUUGGUUACCCUACUCAUUUUGGUCAGAUGGAAUGCCUCAAACUAAUUGCUUCGACUGGGUUUCCAGAGAAGAGGAUCGGUUAUCUUGGUUUGAUGUUGUUUCUUGACGAAAGGAAACAAGUGCUUAUGCUCGUCACCAACUCCCUCAAGCAGUAUCCUUUUAGCACUUUACCCUUUUUGUUGUAAGUUUUAGCUUCCGACCUGAAUCAUACAAAUCAGUAUACUGUGGGGCUUGCUCUUUGUGCUUUAGCCAAUAUCUCUUCUGCUGAUAUGGCUCGUGAUCUCGCUCCUGAAGUUGAAAGAUUACUUCAGUUUCGUGAUCCCAACAUACGCAAGAAACUCAUUUGCGCCAUACGGAUCAUCAGAAAAGUUCCGGAUCUUUCUGAGAACUUUACUAGCCCUGCCGCUUCUUUACUCAAAGAAAAGCAUCAUGGUGUUCUCAUUACGGGAAUUCACCUUUGUACGGAAAUAUGUAUAGUCAGUUCCGAAGCCCUUGAAUAUUUCGCAAAGAAAUGCACAGAGGGCUUGGUUAAAACCCUGAGGGGUAUUGCAAACUGUUGCGUAUUUUGGGCCAAAGGGGAUGCAGAGGCCAGUGACCGUAUGAACGAUAUACUUGCUCAGGUGGCAUCUAAAACCGAGUCAAACAAAAAUGCAGGCAACGGUAUCCUAUAUGAAUGCAUUCAAACGAUAAUGAGCAUCGAAGAAAAUGGUGGUUUACGUGUCCUUGCAAUCAAUAUUUUGGGAAAAUUAUUGUCCAACCGAGAUAAUAACAUCAGAUAUAUAGCAUUAAAUAUGCUGAUGAGAGCCUUAACAGUUGAUUCCAAAGCGGUUCAGAGACACAGAGUUACAAUACUGGAGUGCGUUAAGGAUUCAGAUGCUUCAAUUCAGAAAAUGGCACUUGAAUUUAUUUACCUCUUGGUGAAUGAGAAUAACGUGAAGCCACUAGCAAAGGAGCUUAUAGAAUAUUUGGAAGUAAGCGAACAAGAUUUUAAGGGAGAUCUUACGGAAAAGAUAUGUUCCAUUGUGGAAAGGUUUGUUCCAGAGAAAAUCUGGUACAUUGAUCAAAUGCUGAAGGUUCUAUCUGAGGCUGGUAAUUAUGUGAAAGAGGAUGUAUGGCAUGCGCUGAUUGUUGUUAUAACAAAUGCUCCUGAUCUCCAUGGGUACACUGUCAGGGCUUUGUACAGAGCAUUACAUACAUCUUCUGAACAGGAAAACCUUGUGCGGGUUGCAAUAUGGUGCAUAGGAGAAUAUGCUGAUCUGUUGGUUAACAAUAAUGGAAUGCUUGAAUUAGAUGAACAAAUAACGGUAACAGAGUCAGAUGCAGUUGAUGUUGUCGAGUGCUAGUCUGCUAUUAAGCAUCAUACAUCAGAUGUCACAACUAAGGCCAUGGCACUCAUUGCUUUGUUAAAGAUCUCAUCUCGUUUCCCUUCUAUUUCAGAGAGGGUUAAAAGUAUUAUAGGACAGAACAAAGCUUAAUUUGUCUUAGAACUGCAACAAAGGUCUAUGGAGUUCAGUUCAGUUAUCCAAAAGCAUCAGAACAUAAGAUCUUCCCUGGUUGAAAGAAUGCCGGUCCUUGAUGAGGCAACAUUUAGUGGAAGGAGAGCUGGUUCUUUACCAACAGCUGUGUCAACUUCCGGAAAGUCUUCACUUAGUAUUCCGAACGGUGUUGUUAAAGCUGCAGCUCCUCUUGUAGAUUUACUCGACGUGAGUUCUGAUGAUGCUCCUGCCCCUACCUCCUCCAGUGCUAACUUCCUUCAAGAUCUUCUUGGCGUUGAUUUAACGCAGCCUUCGCCACAUCCUGGUACCACGCAGCCAUCAAAAGCUGGUGCUGAUAUUCUUUUAGAUCUAGUGUCAUUCGGAAGUCCUGCUCCUAGCUCGAUCAGUGGAGACUUAUUAUCUGUUGAUGAGAAUAAUGCUCCAGUAACCACCAUCAAUGCAAUUUCAUCAAAUUCUCCCACGGCGCCGUCUUCAGUGAUGGAUUUGUUGGAUGGAUUUGGUAAAGAUGGCGAUGUCCUAGAGAUCACCUCGAUGAACGCCCAAGCGCAACCAAUACGCCAAUGGAAUCCUCUCAUUGCACACGUCGAAUCACUGUCAUCCCCAAAACACUUGAAGCUAUUGAAUCUCCUCGCCAUGCAAGCAUCGAUCUACUUCAUCUGGACAGAGAGGAACUCCCGACUUCACAGACAGCUCUUCCGUCCACCCUCCUCGAUAAUCGCUUCGGCUUCCACUCAAAUCCGUAACCGUAUCUCAAGUCUGAGAGACUCCUCCCCUGCUCUGGCCUCAUCGAUCAGCAACUCUCUUACUGCCAAUGGAAAUAUCAAACAAACUAUGAGAGUUACAAAUAGCCAGUACGGAAAGAAACCCAUGGUGAUGCGGAUGCGGGUAGGUUACAAGAUUGACGGUAAAGAUGUGUUGGAGGAAGGACAAAUCAACAAUUUUCCUCGUGAGUUAUGAGAAAGUAUUAAGGUAUUAGAUAUACCAAGAUUCAUAUACAUAUUCCUAACUCUUGUCUUACAUAAUCCUUUCUCCCAUAGACUUAAAGAAAACUUCUUCAAAGAAAGUUUGCGUGUGUGGUUUAUUUGCUUUGUGUGCGAUCGUUUUAAUGAUGGUUUGAAAUAUGAG